UUUGGUGCUAUCUUGUUCUGCUAAACAGCACUUGCAGAGACAGGCUACUGGGGAGGCAAGUUUUGACCUCAGUUAGCAAAGAGGCAGGUAUUCCUGGGCUUAUCUGGUAAAGAUGAAUCAGCUUGUUUUUAGGGUCUCAUCAAAAGUCUAGAAACCUACACUCCGGUCCCUGCUGCUGCCACUCUGUCUCUCUCUGUAUGAUCUUGGACAAUUGCUGGUCUCCUUUGCUCCUCAGUUUCUCAUCUGUCAAUUGGGGAUAACCUGCCUACUUCAAGGAAUCUGUGAAGAUCAAAGGAGAAUGAAUAGAACACUGGUUUAUAGUUUUCACUCUUAGAAGAAAUGGUCGACUACCAAUCCCUUGGACAAACUCUGCAGAAAGGAAUGCACAAGAUGAAGAAAGCAAAAGAUGGAGAUGUUGAUGUGGAAAGCCGUGACAUCUGUCAAAGCACUGAGCCAUUGAGGAUCAUCCUGGUGGGGAAAACAGGAGCUGGGAGAAGUGCUACAGGAAAUACUCUUCUUGGGCAGAGAGUAUUUGAGUCCAAGCUAGGAUCCCAGGCAGUGACUAAGAAGUGUCAGCUGGAAACUGGAAUGUGGAAUGGGAGAAGAAUAUCAGUGAUUGAUACUCCUGCCAUCUGUGAGUCGAGUGCCUGGACUGAACAAAUGUAUAAGGAAAUUGGGGAGUGUUACCUUCUCUCCUCCCCAGGUCCCCACGCAUUAGUCUUGGUGACUCAGAUUGGCCGCUACACUACAAAAGAUAAGGAGGCAAUCAGGAGGGUGAAAAAAAUCUUUGGAGUAGAAGCCAUGAGGCAUGUAGUUAUGCUUUUUACCCGUAAAGAAGAUUUAGGGGGAUCUUUAGAGGAUUAUGUAACAAAUACUGAUAACAUAGACCUACAAUGGGGGAUCCGAGAGUGUGGCAGGAGAUUCUGUGCCUUCAGCAACCGGGCCACUGGGGAAGAACAGAGGGCUCAGGUGGCAGAGCUGAUGAUUAUGAUUCAGAGGAUGGAGGAAGAGAAUGGAGGCAAUUAUUACAGCAAUGCCCUUUACCUUGAUACUGAGAUCUUCCAGAGAUUUAACAAUAGAGGGUCUGAAGAAAGCUAUCAAAACUACCUGCAAAAAGUUAAAUUCCAAAUUGAAAAGCAGACAUUGGACCUAAUAGAGGCUGAGAGUAACUGUAUUGUCCGGGCAUUUUUUAGGGCCCAAAAAUGGGUUUCUUCCCAGAACAAAAUCUACUUAUGUCUUUUGUUCUUUGUCUUGGCUUUUAUUAUCAUUAUAGUUGCCAUAUUGAUUUCUCAAAAAGCCUGAUAAGUAAUUAUUGGAGGAGGUCCUUCUCAGCAUCUCUAUCAUGGAAUUUUUUCUAAAUGGGUUUCCCUAAGUUUUGGAAACAUAUAAGACUCUCAACUCCUAUCCUUCUGUAGAAUACUUGGCAAAGAGACAUCUAAAAGAAGUCAAUAGUUUUCUCACUUCCUUUCAUAAGAAUUGGGAAAUUAAAUGGAUAGUUCUGGUAUCUGGUAGUGUUAGUAACAUGUUUGAGGGGAAGCUGUGAGCUACUUUAGGCAUCUAUGGUGACCUCUCUCCUGUUCUUUCUCUAUAUCCUCUGCCUUGACAAUGCCACCCACUCCUAUGAUUUUAAUGAUCAUCUCUGUGUAGAUAACUCCCACAUCUAGAUCUCUAGCUCAAACUCUCCUACAUUUCCUGUUGUCCAUAGCACAUUUCUAGCUGCAUGUCUUUCCAGUAAUGCAAACUCAUCAUGAAAACAAAACUACACACGAGCUUUCCCCCAAAAUGUGCCUUUACUUUUCUCUACCUAAAUUUAUCCAGUCCCUGAUAUUUGAAACUUUGGGGUUUUCUCUAACUUUCCCCUUCUCAUUUACCUGAACUGUCCAAACUCUGAACUGUCCAUUUGACCUCCAAAAUAUCUUUCCAUCUGUCGCCUCCUUUCUUCCCAAAGCUACUAUCCUGAUAUCACCCACAUAGGCUAUUACAAUGCUCAUAGAUCAUUGAAUCAUUGAUUUAGAGAUGGAAGGGACUUUCUAAGUCAUCUAGGCCAACUCUUAUCAUUUUAUGGUUAAGGAAACUGAGGGCUUAAGAGAUCUUACUUCCACAAAUCUCUCCCCACUGCAAUUCAUUCUCCACUCAGUAUUGUCAAAGAACACUUCUUAAAGCACAUGUAUGAUCAAAUGUAAAUCUGUUGGCAUUUGAAGCUCAUCAUAAUCUGCCCCUCCUUUUCCAGUGUUCUUACAUGUUAUACCCCACCUCUGCCUCUCAUGUACCCUGUGAUCUGAUAACCCUGGCCUCCUUUCUGUUCCUUGAUUGCCCAACUUGGGGCAUUUUCACUAGCUGUAACCUGUGCCUGGAAUGCUCUUCC